AUGAUCGGUGUCCAAUUAAGAAAAAUGGUUCUAAUUAGCUUGAUCUCAAGUAUUUCAAUCAUACCAAUGAUGUGUGAAAUUGUAGAGGAUUCAGAAGAUAUUGCAGGGUUCUCAAGGUUUAGCAAACCACGUACUUCGCUUGAAGAUGAUGACCAAAUGCAGCGUAGUGAACCUUCAACAUCAUGUUACAACUUUUUCUGUACUUGGACCAGUACAUGUAUUGAUAUUGGCUGCAGUGGUUGUGCUCCUACUGGUAGGUGUUACUAA